AUGACCGAGACUCGGGAAUCCGUCUUCAAGACGAGCCAAGGCUCCGUUCUCCACUACUUCACCCGCGGAACCGGGCCUCCCGUCGUCGUCCUCCCCCCAGCGUGGGGCAUCGGCUCGGUCUACCUUCAAGACGGCCUCCGAGCUCUCGAAGACAAGUUCACCCUGAUCUACCUCGAGUUCAGGGGCAACGGCAGGUCGACCAAGCCGGCGCCCGAGCAGAUGACCUGCUGGCACCUCGCGGCGGACGUCGAGCACCUCCGGCAGGAGCUCGAGCUCGACACGAUCCCGCGGCUGGUGGGCCACUCCGGCGGCGGCACGAUCGCCCUCUGGUACGCCAUCCGGUUCCCCGGCAGGGUCGGCAAGCUGAUCCUGCUGACGCACCGGCUGGAGGGCUUCGACGACAGCCAGUCGAUGGGGGCGAUGCUGGCCGCGAAGCAGCGGGACCCGAGGAUGCGGGAUGCGCUCCAGGCGCUGACGAGCUCGUGGGACGACCUGUCCGACGAGGAGUUCGCCGCGGUCAAUCGUCGGUUUCUGCCGGCGUACUAUCACGACCCGUCCGUAGCAUCAAAAUCACCGUUAGCUUCCGUCUCUUCGAUCCCGUUGUGGAACUACCAGAUGUUGCAUGGGAAAUAUGCGCAACUCAAGUCUCAGGAGGAAUUACUGGAUAAGGUGACAGCCAACACCCUGAUGAUCUUUGCCGACGACGACCCGAUAUGCAACCCGGAGCACGGACUCGCUACAAAGAAGGGCAUCGCCGAUUCAGAACUGGUCGUGCUCGAGAAGUGCGGCCACUUCCCAUGGAUGGAAAGGACCGAUGAAACACUUAGCCACAUCACUCGGUUCUUCUCAACAUAA